GAAAACGACCAUCGUAUCUUCUGCUCCCUUCGUAUCUUUGAGAGCAAGCGUCCCCUGGAAGAACAAAACCUCGCCUUCACUUUCAUGUUUCGCUCCGCCAUCGCACGUUCUCAAGCCUCCCUGCCACCCCAGACGGCUGCCCGCUUAACGUCCCUCACCCGUCACAUCUCCCCAGCUCCCUCGCCCUCCCUCCCGUCCACCACCGCAAAGAUGCCGCUCGUCACCUCCACCAUGAUAAACAGCGGCAAGCCGCGCGUGAUCCUCGGCCUCAUGACCUUCGGGCCCCCUGGGACCGAGUCCAAAGGCGGCCGGAUCACCACGUUGGAAGAAUACAACAAGAACCUCGAUUACUUCCAGUCCCAGGGGUACAACGAGGUAGACACCGCGCGGGCGUACAUUGGCGGCCAGCAAGAAGGGUUCACACGAGAUGCCAAGUGGAAAGACCGCGGCCUGACGUUGGCGACCAAGUGCUACCCUGCGAAGCCGGGCGAUCACUCACCGGAGAAGCUGAGGGCGAGUCUCGAGAAGAGUCUGGCGGAGCUGGGGACCGACACGGUCGACAUCUUUUACCUCCAUGCCCCCGACAGAUCCGUCCCGUUUAGAGACACUCUGCAGUGCCUUAAUGACAUGUUCAAAGAGGGCAAGUUCGUCCAGUUGGGGCUGAGCAAUUUCGCCGCCUGGGAGGUGGCGGAGGUUUGGAAUAUUGCGAACGAGCGAGGCUGGGUGAAGCCCACUAUCUACCAGGCCAUGUACAAUGCGAUCACACGGGACAUCGAGAAGGAGCUGGUUCCCUGUUGUCGAAAGUGAGGACCCACGCAUCUUCAGACCUUGGCGGCCAAAGGCAACUGACCGCGCGACUCUUACAGGUAUGGUUUGGACUUGGUGGUUUACAAUCCGCUCGCCGGCGGCGUGUUCAGCGGCAAAUACAAGUCCAAGAGCGACAUGCCCAGCGAAGGCCGGUUCGCCGACGUGUCAAGGUCCGGAAAGAUGUACCGCGACCGGUAUUUCCAUGACUCGACGUUCCAGGCCCUGCAGAUGAUCGAGCCCGUCGUCCAGAAACACGACCUCACGCUGCUCGAGACGGCGCUGCGGUGGUGCGUCCACCACUCGGUGCUCAAGUUCGGCCGGGACGGCGGCAACGACGGCGUCAUCAUCGGCGUCAGCUCGCUGGCCCAGCUGGAGAGCAACCUGCGGGACCUGGAAAAGGGCCCGCUCCCGCAGGAGGUCGUCGACGUGCUCGACGACGCCUGGGAGACGUAUCUCAAGGGCCGAGGUCCGAGUUACUGGCGGUAAGAACGAGAUUUUGCAUUUCCCAAAAUUUGGGAGGGGGUUUCACGAGACGAAGAAUAUGAUUUCCAGGAUCGGAAAAAAGGGGAUAAGCGAUAGCGAUGGGGAAUUGCAUGGCAGAACGUGUACCUUGUUCUCUAGCGAUAUGAAAGCGUUCGUUGCCAACUUCUCUCGGAAGCGACGUGGCCACUAGAGUUGGGGAGGCUACACUCAGGAGACACAGCCUCGCGACACGUUAUAUACCUGGCCACUCAAGGCAUCUCCAUACUAGCGAUUACAUUACGCAAUAGUCUUUCGGUCAACGAAAGUGAGAGGAUUCUGGGUACAGGUGUGCUUUCCACGCUCGACCAGUUGCAUUGAACGCUACAGAUACAUGUACCUUAAGGUAUCUUCCUAUGACACAUAGGCUCCUCCUGCUUCAGCCUCGCCAUCAACUUGCGAGUCUCC